GUUUGUGGUGGCAACAUCAGUGGUUGGGAGGAAGAAAACACUUCUUUUUUUUUUUUUUUUUUUUUUUUUUUUUUUAAAUUUGUUCUCUUGCAAGAGACCAGCUUCAAUUUAACUCUUAAGAAAAUGACAGAAUUUCUCUUCUGCUUCAGUUGCUGCAUUGGAGAGCAGCCGCAGCCGAGGCGAAGACGGAUUGACAGAAGCAUGAUUGGAGAGCCAAUGAAUUUUGUCCAUACUGCUCACGUAGGAUCAGGGGAUGCCAACGCUGGGUUUGCAACGGGUGGUUCAUUCCAGGAUCAGAUGAAAUCAAAAGGAGGCUAUGGACCUGGAAUUUCAGAAGUGACACUUUAG